CGUGCGAAUAUUUUCUGUCGAAGAUGUUUGAGAGGAUACUUUUUCUAAAUUAUUGCGCUAUACUCAUUCUAAUGGACGCUGAAGUGCAACGGAUCAACAAAAACAAACGCGCAGGCUGCAGACAGUUGCGGGAAUGUCGUCCAGUUACUCCGCAAACCAGUAUGAGAGUGCCUUCAAGUCGCAGAGACUGCAGAACUGGUGUGAGACUAAGCAUUUCAAUGAGAGACCCACUGCACAUAAGGGUCACACCAAAUUCAUUGCCAAUGAUAGAGGACAUUUGUUCCCAGGAGUGGUAAAGAGAGGCAGUGCAUGGCCCAACUUUAAGGGGACCUGGGAUCUACCUGCUCGUAUCCCAGCCCAUUGCAUCAACCCUACGGGCCGUUCUGUGGAGGGUCUCAACAGGCUGAAGUCCUGGGGCUUCGACCCACAUCACACUGGCAAGUCUCAGCCACACAGAGGCAGCAAAAACACAGAUAUGCUGCAGGAUGUUGGCAAGCAGACCAAUGUGGAUGUACAGCAGGCCGGUGCUGCCCCAUCAUCUGCAGCUGAAGUCCAACAAGCAUCUCAGAACCGCCCCAUCACUGGAGGCGAGAGAAUUGCCAGCCAAAACCAGGACCCACAGGCAGCUGUGGUUGGAUCCAUUGGUCAGGCUGCUGAAGAAAAACAAGCUAUUCAGGAUACUGGGAAAGACAAGCCGCCGAGUCAGUGCUCUGUAGCCGAACAGAAGCUGGCUUUGAGGCCUGCUGCUGGAGAGGGAACCAAUAGCAGACCCGAUACUGGCAAGGGGAGACCACAGAGCAAUAUGGCGGAGAAAGAAGCCAGCCAAGGAGUACCAUCAUCCUCUAAGCAGAGACACAGAGAUGCACAACAAGACCAGUGAACUUGGACAAUAGAAAUAACCACUUCUUCAUUUCAUUCUUCGAGCUACAAAAAUAAAUGUGCACCAGUUGUUAAUUAUUUUAGCAUGGCUGAAGUAGUUUCUAACUCAUGAAAAGUAAAUACAUAGAUUUGAGGGCAAGAAUAUAAAACACUUUUCUUAAAAUAUCUUUUAGUUAAUAGAUGUUUGCGUCAUAAUGAUUACUGACUGAAAGGCUUGUUUUUGCCCACAAAAUCCCCUUUACACUGCCUACAUCCACCCGUCUCCUCCCUCCUCUCUCUGUGGCUCAUACACUUUUUGUGGCACCUUUUUUUUAAUCAGUUUUCCCUCCAGAAUGUGUUCUUGUUCUUGCUCCAAUAAACAUUGCAAAA